CCAACGGCUAGAAGAGAACUUUCUGCGACUCAAACACCUACGCUAUGUUUACGGCUUCGGGUUGAAUCGAAGAUGCGAAAAAUGCUCGCGAGCUUUAUGUCGACCAUUUACUGCGCGAAAUUCAAAUUUAAAAUGUGAUUUAAUCGCCAAGAUCAGCGUAUUUCGAGACAUGAGCAGAAGACGAGGUGAGAAACAGUUGAGUAUUCUGCUAUUUGAAUGGGUCGCCUUGUUGUCGCUGCUGCUGUCUUUAAAACUCGCCAACGCCGAAGGAAAUGUUGGAUGUUUAUACUCGAAUUCAUUGUGUGACUCGAACACAGAAUGGUGCUACAAUGACUCGGCUUUCGGAAGGUGCGUUUAUAAGCACACAUCUGGUGCGCAGAAUUUGCACAGGUAUAAAUUUAAAUACGAAGAUUUGGAAAAUUUGAAGCAACUUUUAGAGCAGCUCAGACUACUGGGUUUCACAUGGAAGCACUCGUAUACUCAAUGUAUCGUUCAAAUGCAGCUCUACUCGAUGAGAACUGGAGUACAAUAUGACGCGGAUGCAGAAAUAUGCGAUCAAAUAUUGAAGCAAGAAAUGACUGAUCCUAUACGUCUACUUCGAUAUGGACAGGCGGAGCAAAACACGGAUGGGAGCAGUAUUGAUCGAAAUUCACUAGCUAAUGCGGCCAAUAGCGACAACCAAGGGAUUAUCAGAUACGCGCCAGAUGAUCAACUGGAUGCGGCUCGUUUGCAUACAAAUCAGCAUAACACAAGGCAAAGUGUGCCAGUUGUUCAACUUCAACAAACACCUGAUUAUGAGACCGAAUUAUUGAAUCAACUGCGUGCGCAAUCGUCUAAAUUAAAAUCAGAAGUGUAUAAGAAAAAUUUCAAAUCUACAUCUUCUCGAUACAGAGGCACGCCGUUGUACUUGCCACUUCGUAAUCGAGACAAAUUCAAAAUGGCAGACGAAGAAUUUAUCGACGUGCAGAAACAAUCAUUCCCUGCCAUUGGCUCUAAUUUGAACGACAAAAACCAAGAAGGUGGAGGGGACGAUGAUGAUGACGAGGACAUCAACGAGGAGGGUGGCGCGGGCAUUAACCAGCCUGAUGUGUACGAUCAAUUAUUAGCCUUGCAGAAAGCAUUCGAUAACGGAGGUGAAGCUGGUGAAAACGCCAAAGUUUAUAGCGAAGCUGGUGCCAUGACUGUGGGAAAGAAGCCUGAAUAUCAAAAUAACGUUUACAAUAAAAUUCUGGAUCAGUAUGGAGGCAAAAUAUUUGGCUUCCAGCGCAGCGAACGACUCGAUGUCAAGAAGCCUGGACCAUAUUAUAAAGUGAAUAAUUACGCUUUUGGGAAUGUGAAUACACAGGAAAAAAUAAAGCAAGAUGGGACAAGUGGCAACCAAGAUGGAAAUCUAUCCAACGGAUUUAAAAGAAGAGUACUGAAAGAUGUCUUCAGUGAUACAUAUCCCACUUUUCAGAAUCCGUCGUACGAAUAUGUUCCUGGUAAUUACAAGCAGAACUCUUACGUGAGUAGGUUACUAGCAUUGGACCAAAAUCCAUCGUAUGUGACAAUAGAAACGAAUCACGACUUGAGCGAAUCAGCCGUAUCUCAGUUAGUUGGUAAACUGACCAAACUUUUCAAUUUUCCACCUGGAAUAUUUUCUCAAAGGAAGUUUCAAGGAAAUAAAGUCAUAUUCAAAAUCAGACAGAAUAUGUUGAACCCUUCAGCAGCCGAAAUUAAACGUCUCAUAGAAAACAGUAAUCCAGGUGAUUUAACACAUGGAAUUCGCAUCACAAACGUCUACCUCGGCAAACCGAAAGACGAGCACUUGCCGACAAAUUUACCAGCUGCCUCAGAUAUUGAGGAUGCAGAUCACUACGCUGUGGUUGAUGUGGAUUACGCGUACAUUCAUCUCAAAGAACCGAUUCACAAUAAAGCUGAUGGUCAGAGGAUUAUCGAUGAGAUUGAAAAGAUGCUGAAGUUGCCAGAAAAUACGCUGUAUGAAGUGAACACGGCUGUGUCUGAAAUACUGUUCAAAGUCAGACCAAACACACAAAAGUUGAACGCAUCAGAAUUGGCAAAAAGAAUAGAUUCGUUGAAAAGCAGAAUUAAAAACGAUCUAAACAUCGAUAUCACGUCUGUUGGCAUCGGUGACAAGGAUAAGCUGCCAACAGCCACACGUCUGUCGCACACUGAUGACAGCCUGUACAUGUUGACGUUCAUUGUAUGCGGUGUAAUAGGAGCAGUACUUGUUUCGGCAGUCGCGCUUUACUGCACCAAAAAACAGUCCAGGUUGAAGGAUAAACUGCAUAAAAUUGUGCCAUCAUCAGACAAGGAAUUCGGCAAAGACUAUCAAUUUGUUACUGGACAGGAUCUAUGUCGAACAAAGAUGACGCGUAAAUCGUCACCAGAAAGCGGCUCAACAGCAGCUGGGGGAGCCAGUGCCACCGGUGGUCAACGCAUCACCAGCUUAUCUCGAGAAUCAGACAACAGUCCAUCCUCCAGAUCCAGUACAUCAUCUUGGAGCGAAGAGCCAAUGACCAACAUGGACAUCACUACUGGUCACAUGGUGCUGGCUUACAUGGAAGAUCAUCUCAAUAACAAAGCUAGACUUGAUACAGAAUGGGCUGCAUUAUGUGCUUAUGAUGCUGAUCCGUGUUCUGUAGCAAUUGCACAACUGAAAGAAAACCUGCGUAAGAACAGAUAUGUGAACGCUUUGCCGUACGAUCAUGCCAGAGUCAUAUUGAAUGCCCUAUCCAACGUUAAUGGAUCUGAUUACAUAAAUGCAUCCACCAUAACUGAUCACGAUCCUCGAAAUGCGGCCUAUAUUGCAACGCAGGGUCCUCUAGAAAAUACAGUUGACGAUUUUUGGCAAAUGAUCUGGGAGCAAGGAUGUGUAGUAAUUGUGAUGCUGACCCGACUUGUUGAGAAUGAUACAUCCAUGUGUUACCGAUACUGGCCAAUGGAUGGAUCACAUCUGUAUGACAUUUACGAAGUGCAUCUAGUCAGCGAACACAUUUGGUGCGACGACUUCUUGGUGCGUAGUUUCUAUUUGAAAAAUGUCAAAACCACUGAAACCAGGACAGUGACUCAGUUUCACUUUUUGACAUGGCCCGAAGGUGGUAUCCCAUCUGCUACGAAACCAUUGCUCGAAUUCCGCAGGAAAGUCAAUAAAUCAUUCAGGGGACGUUCUUGCCCAAUUGUUGUGCAUUGCAGUGAUGGCGUAGGUCGUACCGGUUCAUAUCUGCUGCUGGACAUGGUGAUGAAUCGUAUAUCAAAAGGAGCCAAAGAAAUAGACAUUGCGGCCACGCUGGAGCAUAUACGAGAUCAACGUGCCGGAGCAGUGUGCACCAAGCAGCAAUUCCAAUUUGUACUUUCGGCUGUUGCCGAAGAAGUUCAGGCCGCAUUGCGAGCUCUGCCUCAACAACAGUCGUCGCAGCAAGAUCAGCCUAGUGCAGUCGAUAAUGCUGCUGCCACACCAGCACCAACCACCUGUAUGACAACAGCCACCACCACGGCAACCACCACAACUGUCGCAGACACAAAUACUCAAGACGCUGCUGUAGCCACAGCCACUAAUCAAACUGGCAGCGUUGACGCUGCUGAAAAUUUAAAAAAUGAGCAAGUUUCACAGUGUGCUACCCAAGGCCAGCAGUCUCAUAAACAACUAUCGAAAUAGUUUCUCCAAUUCCUACUGACCAGCCAACCAAUCAACCAAUCAACCAACCAAGCAACCAACCAACCAACCAACCAACCAACCAACCAACCAACCAACCAACCAACCAACCAACCAACCCACCCACCAACCCACCAACCAACCAACCAACCAACCCACCCACCAACCCACCAACCUAUUUUAUGUACCUACCUACGUUAAAAGCAUUACCUUUUAUCUACAUGGACAUACUUACGUGUUACGUACAUAUCUUCCUUGUAGGCUUACACCUACAUGUUGCCACAAAUCUGUGAGAUAGGUAGCGCGAUAACCAAAUAGAAAAUAUCAAAACUGGAAAAUCUUCCAAAUUUCGAGAGUUACUGCAAUGAGCAGCAGCAAAUAGUUAUCAGCAAAUGCAUAUGAGUACCCACAAAAGUAAUGUACCUAUCUACUUCUACUACCUCCUGCCUAUGAGUAUUUAUUUUGCAUGAUACGUUCGAUGGUAGAGGUAGUGCAUCAUUCUAACAUUAUACAUGAGAGGUAACCUACCUACCUACCUACCUACCUACCUACCUACCUACCUACCUACCUACCUACCUACCUACUUCCUACCCAUUCACCAACACGUCAAUUACCCCACAAUGAAAAUAGCAUCAACUACCUAAUUUCCUACCAUAUUCUAGGCCUAUUUUGAAAUACAAACAUUUGUAUCUAAUCUACAUACCAGUAGACAUACAUACCCUACCUGCACUCCUACAGGUACUUGUUUGGUACACAGAUAAUGUUCACAGGUAAGUAUGUACAUUUAUGAUUGUACCAUAUGUACCAUGUGUUAGCCCGCUAACACAUAUUCAAUCGGAUGCUACAUUUGAAAUUGAAAAAAUACCUACUAUCGCCUGUCACCCCCCCCCCCCCAAACACACACACCUUGAUUCGUGUCUCCACUAGUCUUGUCUCAGUCUCAUCUCGUUUCUUUCUUCCUCCCUGUCUAACCUGCGCUGCUGUCGCAAAUACUAUUAUACUCAAACCUGGAUGUUCAAAAAAAAAAUAAUGUAUGAUCCUACUUGGAAAAUUCAGUAAGACUAUUCGUAUCUUGGUCGACAUGGCACUGGCAUCCCUCCCUUCUUCUUCUUUCCCCAUCUACCUCCUAAUGGUGCCAAAUGUACUCGUACAUUGGUAAGUAGGAAAGCCAGAAAGUGGACACAAAUUAUUACAUACUUAGUACAAAUGCAUAUUGAACUGUUCUCAAAAUAUAUGAUAGCGACGAGAUAAAUCGACUGGGUAAAUAGUAAGUACUUGUACGAAUAAUUGUAUGUGGCCUACCCAUUUUGCAAGGAUGUAAGCAUAUACACCUUUGUACUUACUCGUAUUUGGAAAACAUUGUUGAAGAUUUAAUAGGUACCUACAUAACACAUACCCAAGUAGUUAUUUGUUAUCUUCUCGCAUAAAGAUGUUGAUGUGUAAGGCAUCAGCCAUCAUCCAGCAUCUGGCAUAGACCCAUCGUGCCACGCCUAUUAUUACCUUAUACUGAUACCCUAUCUAUACCUUAUGCCUAUUUACAAUAGGUACCUACCUACCCAAUUACAUACAAUCUGAAUUUGAAAAAUUUUGAUUUAAAAUUUGAGUUUAAAGUUACCUUUAUAAUUCCUAUACUUACCGGUACCUACCACUACCAAUCAACCACCAUCUGUUACCUACAUAUAAGUACCUAUGUAUUACUCAAAUGACCUAUGUCCUACAUUGUACCCAAUAUACCUACUUGUAAUUUUUAUGUACCUACACCUAAGUGUAAAGUGAAGGUUAACCUGAAACCUGAACUUGAAAAACCUAAGCUACCUACAUAUGUAGAUGUACUUGUACCUACAAAAAACACCUUUAUACACGUAUGGUUGAUGUACCUACAUAUGUAGUACGUAGGUGAAGAGUGAAAUUUACAUAGCACCAUCUCGCAUCCGCGUUGCUCUUCUACCUAAAUACCUACCUCGAUUGCGCACACGAAUCAGCGCGGCGCGGCGUGGCGUGGCAUAUUUUUCUACCUAGGUACCUAAAAUCCUGUUACACAAAUUUUCAUAUUUGCGCUCAUGUUCGUUGCAUUGAUUCAGCGUGUAUGUGCCAGUGUGUAUGCGUGUGUUUUUAUAUGUUUGUUUGUUUGUUUGUUUGUUUGUUUGCCUGUGUGUCUGUCUGUCUGUCCGUAUGUCUGUUUGUCAGUCAAUCCGUGCGCAAUUUACAUUGGUACUUACUCGUAUACUGUCUGUUACAUAUACCUACGGGCGUAAUUUACGUUUCAUAUAUUUUGGUAUACAUAUAGGUACUCGUAAAUUCAUUUAUUCUAGUCACUAACUCUGUUAGACACCUGUUAAUAAAAUAAGAUACCUAUUACAAAAUAUACUUUAACUCUUUCGAA